AUGACCACUGAAACCUUCCUCGCGAGGCUCUGCGAGCAGGCUGAGCGCUACGAUGAAAUGGUUACAUUCAUGAAGGAGGUUGCCAAGUUGGGCGGAGAACUCACCGUUGACGAGCGAAACCUUUUGUCCGUCGCAUACAAGAACGUUGUUGGAACUCGACGUGCGUCUUGGAGAAUCAUCUCCUCGAUCGAGCAGAAGGAAGAAUCCAAGGGUACCGACAAGCACGUAUCUACGAUCCGAGACUACCGCCAGAAGAUUGAGACCGAGCUCGAGAAGGUCUGCCAAGAUGUCCUCGAUGUCUUGGAUGAGUCUUUGAUCCCAAAAGCCGAGUCUGGAGAGUCCAAGGUCUUUUACCACAAGAUGAAGGGCGAUUACCACCGUUAUUUGGCCGAGUUCGCUUCAGGCGAGAAGCGCAAGGUUGCUGCUACCGCGGCUCACGAGGCUUACAAGAACGCUACCGAUGUCGCUCAGACUGAACUCACACCAACCCACCCAAUCAGACUGGGUCUCGCCCUCAACUUCUCCGUUUUCUACUACGAGAUUUUGAACUCACCCGACCGUGCCUGCCAUCUUGCGAAGCAGGCAUUCGACGAUGCUAUCGCUGAGCUCGAUUCCCUUUCAGAAGAGUCAUACCGGGACAGCACGCUCAUUAUGCAACUCCUCCGAGACAACCUCACACUCUGGACCUCUUCGGAUAGUGGCGAGGCUGAGGCCGCUGCUCCAGCUGAGGCACCAAAAGAUGACAAGGCCCCAGAGGCUGAGAAGACUGAGACCGCCGCUGCCGAGCCAAAGACUGAAGCUACUCCUGCAACUGAAUCUUAA